AUUGUCGGAUUACCAAUUACACAGGGAAGUUGACAGAUUUUUGACAACAUCGUGUACAUUUUCAUUAGGAUGUAAAUAUUGCGAUUCUGAAAAAAUGCCGGUUAAAAGGGAGCGUCACCCUGAUAUGAACCUAAAUGAUCUGGACUAUAGCAUCACGUAUCAGAUCUGCCAGAACUUUGAUAUAGACAGAAGUUGGGAACUACUCGCUGGUGCUGUUGGAUAUUCCACAAGUCAUAUCCAGACGUUUGAGUUAGAGAUCCAACGUGCAAAUGGAAGUCCUACAAAGAGACUGCUGUGGGACUGGGGCUCCCGAGGGGGCACUAUAAGGAAUCUCUAUGAUAAACUAGAACUUAUUAACCGAACACAGAGCAUGAAGCUGUUGGAACAUAUAGUUAACCCAGAGACAGGGAAGAGGAAGGAGAAAGAGUGCAAAGUUGAUAACACGUCUGCUGACCAGGAAAGUUUAUCUUCAAAAAGUGAUAAUUUCUCUAGCAGCGAUAACAUGGAACACAACUUUUAUGACACAGAUAGUCUGCCUAUACCUAGCAUGAAGAAAUGUGGUCCAGUUGUCAAGGAGACAAACACUCCGGAUGUUAAUUUUAAUAUGCCAUGUAUGAAGAAUGAAAAGACUGGGAACAAAUCACCGAUGUUUGAUAAGAUGCUGGACAAGAUCCUUGAACCACAGGGUGCCUCGUCAGUGGAAAUGAUUGCCCAUGCUGAUGGUCCGGCUAGUGAAAUGGGAAAUCUUGGUGCAGCAUCGUCGGCAGCAAGAACAUUAGAGCGGGUACGAUCAGUGGUAGAGUAUGGAUCAGAGGGUAUAAACAUGUCUGGCUUGAGUGAGAGUGAGAGGCAGUUUGCACAGGCAUUGCUUGGCACACCUAACUACACAUACAAGGAUCUCAGUGUUGCCACCAAUGGAUUCUGUGUACGCAACAGACUCGGGCAGGGGAAAUAUGGAGAGGUCUACUAUGGUGUUGUGAAAAACACAAAAUGUGCAAUCAAAAAGCUUACUCAGCAGAACAGAGAAAAGACAGAAGAUGAAAACUCAACAUUAUGUAUGGCAGCAGAACUGAAGACUUUGAGCAGGUAUAGACAUGAGAACAUUGUUAGUCUGUAUGGAUAUACCCUAGAUAAUGAUGAAGUUUGCCUUGUGUACCAGUACAUGACUAAUGGCUCCUUGUACCAAUGUCUUCAUAACAAGCCUGGUGUAAUACUAACAUGGGAACAGAGAUUGUCUAUAUUAAGAGGAGCUGCUUGUGGUCUACAGUUCCUUCAUACAGUUGAUAAGAAACCGGUGAUUCACGGAGCUAUCAAAAGUGGAAACAUUUUACUUGACAACCAUUUUGAGGCAAAGAUUGGUGACCUUGGAUUAGCAAAGCAGGCAACAGGGGGUGAAGUGACAGGACGUCUCACUCAUAUUACAAAAAAGACAACAAGUAUUCAUGACUACAAGAACAAAGCAUAUCAUCCGCCUGAAAUUGCUCGUGGAAAUGGAUUCUCCGUGAAGGGAGAUGCUUAUUCAUUUGGAGUUGUUAUAUUUGAAUGUCUAUCUGGACAAGAGGCAUAUGAUGAAAGAAGAGAAGGCAGUGUAGAACUUAAAUAUCUUGUGGAGUACAUCCAAAGUGCUUUAGAUGAUUCUCCAAAGUUAAACAAACAGAAAACAUUUCAAGAUCCCAAAUUGAAGAUCAGUUUUCCAACCACAACUUUUGAAUUGGUCUUUGAGGUGGCACAGAGAUGUACAAAGGAAAAGAAAAAGGACAGACCUAACAUGGUGGAGGUGUUUGCAGAGAUAGUUAAAUGUGAAAAUGAUCACAGUGGUCCAGAAUAUCAGAAUGUACAAGAAGCAGUAGAACACAAAGGCAAACAGAUUGAAGCUGGAUCCAUACAUGAGCACCAUAUGUCAGUGAAAAACCAGCCAAGCUACUCUCCUGGUCUCAAGGCUCCGCCUGAUGUAAAUCCCACUAAGGCAGUACCAACGAGUCCAAUAGACUUGUUACCUAAAGACCAACCCUUACCAGUACCUUUCAGACUACAGCAAGAGUUAGACCGCCAGAAAGCUUUAGUAGAAGGACAUGUUUAUGUCAAUACUGAUCAGAUGACUGCUCAGAUGAAGACAACUUAUUUGUCGGACCCGAAAAAACUGGAAAAACUUGAGAAAUUUGAUAAAGAAAACGUAUCAGACUCGUCAGGUAAGGGUCAGUCAGUAUUACAUAUUCCAUUCAGACCCGGUCAGCCAUUGGAAAAUACUGAAGUAAUUAGUGCAUCAGAGAAAAAUUGUUUGAAUGAUGACAUAUACGAGGUCGCUUCAGACCCAGAGAAGGAAAUGAGGCCAGGAGCAUCUGCAAAGUCACCAGUUGAAGCGCAGUACGUUAAUGUUUCAGAUGUUUCUUCAGAAACAGGUAAAAAUGGGAGGAAGAAUCCAAAUGAGGAAAGCCAGGGCCCCGGGUCAGAUAAAAGUAUUGACUUUAGUAAAGAAUUUGAAGAAAUUUCUGACAAAGGGUGUAAAGGAUACAGUUCUAUGAACGGUAUCUUUGAUAAAUUUCAUCUUCUGGCUCAAGACGAGUGUCUGAUUAAUGUGCCUGAAGUAGAUCAAGUGGAUGACAAUGAGGAAUUUGAUAUUAAAUUUGACUUCGAAGCUGAUGACUCAGAAAGUAGCACAAUAACAGAGUCAAUUAACAAUGACUUGGAUUUGUGCAGUGCUGAUUUUAAUGAUGAUGCACUAUUUGUCAGUGAGGGUCAUGUGCAUUAUGUCAAUGUUCAAGAGAAAGUGUCUAAUGAAAACAUUGAUGCCAGCUUAGAAGAGCACCAGAAAAAACUGUCCAUGUAUCAGGGUAUGACAAGGAAUGAUUCAGAGGAGCUUCAUGAGAGAUCUGCCCAGCAGGAAGAGUCAGACAUGGCAGUUAAAAAUUUACCAGGCCAAGGUCACUCUCAAAAUGUUUUUGAAAAUGGUAUUGAAGUAGGUCAUUAUCAAAACUGUUUGAAUCUGGGCAAAGGUCAAGGUUGUGAAUCAAAACCCACAGAUGGUGACUACAGUAAUGUUUCUGCAGUGCAUGGCAACCGGAACAGACCAGAAAGGGCAAGUGCUGGAAAAGUUGCUAACAUUCAAGACUUUCUACAAAGAAGAGAACCAAGUGAAGGACAUUGUGAGGAAUAUGUUUGAGGCAAGAAUCUCAUUGUAAGAUUUGAUUACUCAAAAAAAUUUAAGUGCUAAUGAGAGAUCAACAACGAAAUGAUAGACAUGUGUGAGGCAGCUUAAAGAAAAGGCGUGUUACCCUUGACAAAGACCAGUAUUAUUUGGGGAGAAAAUGGAAGCGAAAUGAGAAAUGUUACAAGAUAUUACUUGGGAUACUAUGGAGGCAUGACAAGUUUAUUCUAAGUUAUUGCAUUUGGGUCUUAAACUGUCAGAUAAUAGAGCUUAUCUUUGUGUCUUUGUAGCUGAUGUAUAGCUAGUAUUAAUUGGUUAUAAGCUAGUCAUCUCUCAUACAUUGUCCUUUUAUUACAUUUGAUCAAACUAUAUCUCGGAUUUGCCUAUACUUGCUGGGAACCAGUAACCAGACAAAUUUCCAUAUAUUUCCUCCAUUCUGUUUUUCCCAAAAGUAUUUGACAUAUCUGAACCCACACUGCAAAACUUCAGCUCCUACAGCAUUCCAAAGUGUAAUCAGCAUCACAUAGUGAUAAAAAAGAAUAGGUUUCCUAGAGCAUCCAAUUGUAGUUUUCCACUUGAGGUAAACCAGUAGCUGGACAGACCAAUAUUUGAUGAUGAUUUACUGUUAAAUUUACUGUUAAAAUUAACUUGACUUUCAAAAGUUGCUAAGAAAGCAAGGUAAGCUACCUCUCAAUAAGUCAAAUAUCGUUUCAUACGACUUCUUGGUAAGUCAGAUAUAGAAUGAAAUGAGUACAAAAAUGGAAGCCCUGUAUUUUUUUGUGAUUAAACAGUGAAGUUAAAAGUAUCCCUGGUCAUCAACAUAAAUGGAAUAUGUAUAUUAAUUCCUUCUUUCCCACUAGAUGCCUUGAAAAGUUAAAAUUAUUGUGCAUCAUGCCCCACUGAGACUGAAAGUUUUUUUGUAAAAACAGGCUAAAAACUGCCUUAAAUUUUAAUGUAAAUACAGGCUUAUGAAACAUAGUUUUUUUGUAGGCAUGAAGAGCAAACAUCUGAAUGAUCUUAAUGAAACAAUUCUAUAUAGAUGGCACCUUAAUAAAGUGGUUAUUACAUGAUGUGUUUUUUCUAUAGGUGAUGCAGUGGGUAACGUGUGUCCGGAUACUGUUUCCCAACUAAAAGGGAAUCUUUAUGUUUCCAAUAGAUCUAUUUAUUUCUUAAGUUUUGUGCAUGUUUUUGUUCUGUGUUUUGUUGUUGGUUCUCAGUACCAUAUUUUCAUAAUUGACUUCUUCUGAGGGGUUUAUACUGACUCAGUUCUGUUUUCAUACAAUUUAGGGGCAUGAAAAUGUUAACAUCAAAGUUAAGACAAUUUAAAAAAUAAGUAAAUAGUUUCAUAAAUCGUGCUGUGUCAGUAUAACCCUGUUGACUUUGUAAAUCUGUUUACUUCACAUAGUUAUAUAGUCACUACAUUUAUGUAAAGUUCGAUCACCAGUAUGAUCCCCCAAACACAUCUCUUCCUUCCCCUGGUACAACUACCUACCCACAGUUAAUUCUUUUGUACAUUCUUUUCAUAUUCCUUUCUUUUCCUGUUGUCCUUCACCAUAUUGUUUCAUAGUACAACCCACCCUGGAUUACACACACCCAUCUUCACUUCUUUAUUGGUAGACAUUUUUGAGUUGUAGAGUGUGCUGUUCUUCCAACAGUUCUUUUUGUAAUAUAUUUCUAAGAAAAACUGAUAGUGAUUGAGUGCAAGCAUGAAGGAAAGAUAUUUAUUUAACACCAACAAGCUUCAGCUUACUUUGGCUGUUAAAAUGUAUACAUGUACAUAUAUAUGUUGUAAUAAUAACAAAUUGCUAUCAGACUGCCACUUCUCACUGUACUUUUUAUACGCCCGUCUCGGAAAGAGCGGGGCGUAUUAUGUGAACACCCAUGGUGUGCGGGCGGGCGUUUGGCAUCCAAAAGCAUGUACACUCUUUAAGUGGAAUAGUUUUCAUCCGAUCUUCAUCAAACUUGCUGACAAUGUUUGUGGUCAUAAUAUCUAGAGCAAGUUUGAUAACCAGCAAAAUCGCCCUAGGCACUCUUGGAUUAUAGUCCUUGAAUUACUCGAAAUCUGCAAGUUUAGCCUUGUCCGCCCUCUAUGUCGAACAUUAUUGAUCCAACCUUCACCAGGCUUGAUGACAAUGUUUGUGGGCAUAAUAUCUCGGCCAAGUUCGAUAACCAGCCAAAUAGCCCCAGGCACCCUGGAGUAUGAACUUUGAAUUACUCGAAAAACUGCGAAUUAAGCCUUGUCUGCUCUCUAAGUCAAACAUUUUUCAUCCAAUCUUCCCCAAAUUUGCAGAUAAUGUUUGUGGGCAUAAUAUAUCAGCCAAGUUCCAUUACCAGCCAAAUCGCCCCAGGCUGUCUUGGAAUAUGGCCCUUGAAUUACUCGAAAUCUGCGAAUUAGCCAUGUCUGCUCUCUUAAGUCGAACAGUUUUCAUCCAAUCUUCACCAAACUUGCUGACAAUUUUUGUGGGCAUAAUAUCUCAGCCAGGUUCGAUAACCAGCCAAGUCGCUCCAGGCACUCUUUGAUUAUGGCCCUUGAAUAAGGCAACGUUCGAUGACGGGCGUAUUUUGUGACAGUCUGGCACCCUUGUUUAUAUUUAUCGCAUAUUAUUAAGAUAAAUUAAAUAACAUCAUGUCCAGGUGAUAUUGAUGAUGAAAAGUCAGCGAGUAGCUUGUUAUGCUUUCAGAGGAUGUAAAAUACAUUUGAUUGGCAGAAAUUUGAACUUGCUACAGAAAAGCUGCACGUACAAUUUAGAGAUUUCUGCCUGUUAUGUAGUUUUAGAGCUAUAUGCCAAGUUUCAGUAACUGCAAUUUUUGCUUUAUCUAAACAAAUAUAGCGCAUGCUGUAAAUUUAGCAUUGCUUGAAAACUUGGAAUGUUGGUGCACAUGGCCAAAGUUAUAAAACCAGGAACUCUUGUCACCAACUAUGUAACUGACAUGCUUUUAUGCCACACUGAUCAAAGUGUGCUCAUGCAUGUAUACUCAGCAUUUGCUAUAUAUAUAUUUUGUAUGUAAAUAAAUAUUUCUUGUUUUUUUAUGACAAGCAUUUCAGUUUGUUUGUGAAUGUUUGUACUUGACAAUCAUGCUGUUAUUAUAAUAUCUGUUAAGGAUGAUAUAUUUUCUUGACAUGGAGCCAACUAAAAUUAUUAAUGUUUUGUUAUAAUAGUUUUAUUAACAUUGUUAAGUGUUUUUUUUUCACUAUUAAAGUCACUUCUUAAACUUCUUAAAUUUCUGGAUAAAACUAGGAAGAAAAUGUCCUUAAUUUAUGUUACUAAUUUCCCCAUUAAAACUUUUACUAAAAAAAAAAUUUAUGUGUGUUUUAUUAAGCAAAUGUCAGUGCACAUGAUGUCACACAACUGAAUUCAGCAUCAGCUUAAAUGGUAAUAUCUUAACCUUUACCCUGCUAAAUUUCUAUAACGGACUGGUCCAUCAUUCAAUUUGGACACAACCAUUUAUCAUUUGAAGGGGUGUUUACUGAAAAAUUACUGACUGAAUAGCGAACAGUGCAGACCAUGAUCAGACUGCACGGAUGUGCAGGCUGAUCUUGGUCUGCACUGGUCGCAAAGGCAGAAUCACUUGCCGCCAGCAGGCUAAAGAUUAAUGAACAAAUUGUACUUCUUCAAGAUAAAGGUAUGGUGGUAUUUUAUUCCAGAUGUUUUUGCUAUGUUUAUGUUAGAGUUUAUUGUUACUGUUAUAUUUUGUUGAAUUCAUAAGAGGUAUCUUUUUAAGAAUUUUUGAGUAUUUAAAAGUAUUACCAGUGUUGGCAGGCUUCUUGGUUAAGACAAUGAGAAAAAAGCUGUGUUUUACAUCUGUCAAUAUACCUGAGUAAUAGAAGAACAAGACAAAAAACUCCCUGUACUUAGA